AUGAACCUUUACUUGCAGAAAUCACAAACGCACCUCAUCUGCACAUGGGGAUGGAGAGCAGCAAUGGCAGAAGUCAAUUUUCCAUUGAAAUUUCAGAAGAUAAUCAGGCUCUUAUAACGUCUCUGAAACAAAAUAUGGAAAAAGCAUCUUAUGCGGGUUGCAUUUGCAGAGUCAGCCCGGAAAUUUCAGGGGAGAACAGAAAGGCAUUUGUCCCUGUUAAAGUCUCCAUUGGCCCUCUCCACAAGGAUUUACAUAAGAACAUGGAAAAUCACAAAUUGCGCUACUUGUAUUCACUUCUUAAUCGGAGCCCAAACGAAGAAGCAGGGCUGGAUAGUUGUGUGCAAGCGCUGAAAGAGCUGGAGGCCAAAGCAAGAUCCUACUACGCAGAAGAUUUAAACCAUAUCAUAAGUGAUGAUUUUGUGAAGCUGAUGUUGAUAGAUGGAGGCUUCAUAAUUGAGCUCUUUUUGAAGUGUUCUGUAAAAGGUUUAAAGCGAAGAAGCGAUCCCAUUUUCUCCACUCCUGGAUUGCUCUUUGAAUUGAGAUGUGACAUGAUUCUGCUAGAAAACCAGAUACCCUUCAUUGUUCUUCAGAGAUUGUUUCAAAUUGUGCCAAUGCCUAAGCAAUGUAAUCAAUCUCUCACCGAUCUCGCCUCUCGCUUCUUCAGAAAUAUGAUUCCAGGAGACUAUAAACUUACUCGUGAGAAGUUUGGCCAAGAGGGAAACCACUUACUUGACUUGAUCCGCCAUUGUUUUCUCCCAACAAUUCCAAGAAUCAGUGUGAAGAAAGACGCCGUACGGCACUGUCUUCCAAGCGCAACGCAGCUGCAAGAAGUAAGGGGAGUAAAGUUGAAGAAGGCAAGAACAGAAAAUUUACUAGACAUCAAGUUCGUCAAUGGAGUCCUUGAAAUCCCUCCUCUGCAAGUGCACGUUUACACAGAAAAUCUCCUGAAAAAUCUCAUUGCAUUUGAGGUAUUGUGUCCAUGUGCUAAUACACAGCUAGUUACCUCCUAUGUCCUCUUCAUGAGAAAGCUGAUUCGCUCAGAAAAGGAUGUGGAAUUGCUUAAACAAGCGGGCAUUUUAAGAAGCAUUGAAGAUGAAUAUGAAGAUGAAGAUGAAAACAAGGAAGAUGAUGGUUGUGACGAGAGCAGUACGCUUUUCAGAUUGUUUGAGAGUUUUAAGAAGACUGAAGUGACUGUGAAGGACUCCUAUUUUAAUGAGCUCUGUGAACAGGUGAAUGGAUAUAAAGCACCCAGCUGGUUUGUGUGGUUCAUGAAGACGAAAGGGAGGAGUAACGACGCUCAUGGGAAGAAGGAUGCUGCUUUUCCCUUUGCUCUGAUCUCUGUCGUUGCAGUUUUAUUGGUUGUUCUCAUCUUCUUGGGAACUCUUUUCUCUGCAAUGUCAUUCUUCUCCAACCAUUAGUUUUUAAGGAGAUCCAUGGUGAAAAAAGUAAUAAGAUUUUGCUUUGUUUUGUAAAAUUUCAAUCGUGAUAGGAUAUUUAUUUU